UCAACCAUAAUUACCUUGUAUAAUACGAGUAUCAUCUUAAAAAAUGUCACGCCUAAUUACCAGUCAAUGGUCAUGGUUGUGGGAAGUGAUGAGCAGUUACGAGAUUACUCUUGCAUUCGUCACCAUUUCAGUAGUAGCAUUGGCUAUUAAUUUAUGGUACAAAGCCACACUUUCAAAUUCCUCGCCACCUCUGCCACCGGGUCCCCUUUCCUUGCCGGUUGUUGGGUACCUUCCGUUUCUUGGUCCUGAAUUGCACAAACAGUUAACCCACAUGGCUCACACCUACGGUCCCAUAUUCAAGUUCCAUCUGGGAUCCAAGCUUCACGUUGUGAUUAACACCCCAGAACUAGCAAAAGAGGUGCUUCGCGACCAAGAUGAGACCUUUUCUAACCGCGAUUUAACUAUAGCUUCCUCAAUAAUUAGUUAUGGGGGCCGAGAUAUAGUGAUGUCCGAGAACAACUCCGACUGGCGUAAACUUCGUAAAAUAUUUGUCCAUGAGAUCCUAAGCAACAAAAAUCUCGAAGCAUGUAGGUCUCUUCGGACAGAUGAAGUUAGAAAAACCAUCAAGCAUGUUUUUAGUAACAUCGGUACAUCAAUAAACAUUAGCAAGAUUGCUUUCUUGACACAGGCGAACGUCAUAACAAACAUGAUUUGGGAUAACAAAUCAAAUAAAGGCGAGAAAGGUAGUGAUCUUGGAGAUGAGUUACAAAUCGUGGCUUCAAACAUAGUGGAGUUUUUUGGAAAACCAAAUUUGUCCGAUUUCUUCCCAAGUCUAGCAUGGUUUGAUUUUCAAGGUAUCGAGCGAGGAAUGAAGAAGCAGCUUGACAAACUAGAUCAAAUUCUAACAAGCAUCAUUGAGGACCGGGUCAAAUCUAACUUGGAAAGGUCAGAAGAUAAAGUUGGGCAUGAAGGGAAGAAAGAUUUUUUACAAAUGUUGUUAGAUCUUAAAGACCGAAAAGAUGCAUCAUCACUUAACAUCACCCAAAUAAAGGCACUACUUCUGGAUAUUAUGGUUGCUGGAACAGAAACAACAUCAACUCUUACAGAAUGGACAUUGACAGAAAUUAUGAAAAGCCGCAAUGUAAUGAAAAAGGUACAAGAAGAACUUGCAGAGGUAGUGGGAGCAAACAACAUAGUUGAAGAAUCUCAUCUGUCGCGACUACAAUAUCUAGAUGCAACUAUUAAAGAAACGUUUAGGUUGCACCCGGUACUUCCUUUCUUAAUCCCACAUUUGCCAAGCCAAGAUUGCACGGUAGGUGGAUACAGCAUACCUAAUGGUUGUAGCGUCUUUUUGAACGUGUGGUCAAUCCACCGGGAUCCUCGGUACUGGAACAAUCCCUUGGAAUUCAAUCCAGAGAGAUUCUUGACAAACAAGUUUGAUUACAAGGGAAAGGAUCUGAAGUUCUUUCCAUUUGGGUCAGGGAGAAGGAUCUGUGCAGGUAUCCCAGUAGCCGAGAAGAUGCAGGUGUUUAUCUUAGCUUCGCUCAUGCACUCCUUCGAUUGGAGGUUGCCAGAGGGAGAGGAGCAUGAUCUUACUGAAAUCUCUGGCAUUACUCUAAGGAAAAGAAAUCGACUCAUGGUUAUCCCAUCUCAAAGGUUGCACGACAAAAGCCUCUAUAAUUAAGUGGUUAAGAGCCACUGCUCUCUACCUAGUACUUUACAAACAUGCGAUAUGAAAAAACCCCGUAUUAACUAUUACGAAUAAUGAUAAAUUUUUCGUAUCAUACUAGCUACAUUAUUAAGGUGCAUAAUACGCGGAUAUGUUUGUAAUUGCAAAAUGUUGACUUGGAAAGUGGCAAUGUCACAUUGCGCGCAAAGUCAGA